AUGAGGUGUUUAGCCAGCGGAAAAGAGGGUGAAGCACCUUACAUUCCUGAGGUAAGCAGUCCUACAGAUACUUCAAAUUUUGAUGUUGAUGAAGCUGAUUUUAAAAGUUCAUGCUCUACACACGUCAACUACGAACGUGAUACAAUUAAGAAACGACUUUCGGAACAUCUCAACAGUGCAAAACACAAGAAACAUAAUACGCUACAGUCACAAACAUUGUUGUUUGAAAAUGGAAGCGAUUUUGAUAAAGAAAUGGUUGAAGCAUUCACCAGUGCAGAUAUUCCGCUUGAAAAAUUAAAUAACGAAAAACUGAGAUUGUUUCUCGAGAAAUAUAUGAAGAAGCCGAUCAAAAGUGUUCCAGCACUGCGGGCACAUCAAAAAACUAUCUUCAACUCAGUAACAGAAAAAAUUAAGGACGAAAUUAAUGGACACGAUGUCUAUUUCAUUGUUGACGAAACUAGUGACAAAGUGCAACGUAAAGUGGUCAACGUGCUUGUAGGAAAAUUGAAUGGCCAGAAAGCAAAAUCAAUGUUAAUUGAUGUGACAUUUUACUCAACAGUUGACAAUAUUAUAAUACAAGAAUGUAUACUCAACGUGUCUAGAAAAUUGUGGCCAAAUGAUUUAAAAUAUUCAAAACUGAAGUUAAUAGUGACAGUUUGA